AUGGUCCGCAUUUUGAUUAGCACCCUCAGGACUGGGGGAACUGGGCUCGACCUUACUCCAACAAACAGAUGCAAAUUGGUUGAUCUGUGGUGGAAUGAAGCCACCGACAUUCAGAGUGACUGA